CGCGAACAGUGUUGAUUAGUAAAUGUAACCCGUGUCUAUUUACUAUCGAAACGUUUUCGAUAGAAACUAUUUAUUAUUGAAACGUUCAACUUCGACGACUGGGGUUGAUAUAACGGCCCCUGACGCCAAUCUUGAGUGACAUAUACACAUCGGGAACAUCGUAUCUGUUUGUGUAACUGUGACUCCUGAUAAAUUCCGUGGUUGUAAUAUUUUAGCCAUAUAUUUUGUGUGUAGCCUAAACAUAAUCUUAUAUGUAUCCCAAAUGCAAUUUACGUAUACAUGCUUGUGAAGCUUCAAUAAAACUACGCUGCCCUUUACAGUCUCUGUAUAAUAGCGUUUUACUUUUUACUUUUAGAUGAAAGAGGGCGCUGCAUAUUUACCACCUGUCUACUUUACGAAGUUUUAUAUUGUUGCGAACUAAACAUCUAACUGUGAUUGCUGGGUUAAUAGAGUAGCUCAGUGGUUUCGAAAUGAUUCAGACUGAAAGCUUUGGACUAUAGUUCUUCACUAUGGUCACAUGAUGGCUCCUGGCGUGAACACAAAAGAGCAGCAAGAACCCGCUUUGGUAUACGGGUCGUCUCGAGAGGAUUCAUCAUUUGCUAACAUUAGACCGUUUCUGAAUGUAGUGACGAGUAAUUCUGAAAAAUACACUGCCCAUCAAAAAGGCGAGAACAGCAAUGUCUCGCCUGGCCAACGAGAGGACAGUGAAAGUGACGAAGACCAGCUAGUCAUCGACGUUGCUCGUGAUGACAAAGAUGAUGGUAAUACGUGCAUCAGUACCACCAAUGCCAAUGGCAAUGCAUGUGAUAAGACGUCAGUUCCGACUGGACUUAAUCGAAAAUCCGAUCUCUGUGAUUCAAACUCGGGCAGGAUCGCCUCGACAACAGACAUGGAAACGGAAGACAGCGUGCAGCCUGUUGCUCCCCAGAGUGAAGCCCUGCCAAAAAGGCCAACUCCCACAUUGCAGAAAGGGUUCAUCUGCGGGCUGUGCAGGGGAGCGCACGCCACGUUCAAUGACCUAGCCGCGCACAUGGAAGUCCACAAGCAGACUCCGCACUCUACGGUGUACACGUGCGCCAACUGUAAGCGCGUGUUCUGCGACAGCGUCAUCUAUCAAAACCACAUGACUCUGUCGUCUUGCUGCAACGUCUGCCAGUCGGUAUUCGGCAGCUCGACGAAGCUGCAUCAGCACAAGCUGCAGCAGCACAAGCAGCAGCAGCCCAAGCCGCAGCAGCCCAAGCCGCAGCAGCACAACUGCUCGCUGACGUUCACGUCGCGCGCCGCGCUGCGGCAGCACCUGUGGUCGCGGCACGCGGAGAUUCGCGAGGCGCGGGGCUGCGAGAUCUGCGGCGAGGCGUGCGAACGCGCCAGCUGCCUCGCGCAGCACAAACUCUCGCACCGCGCCGACGGGCCGUACGCGUGCGACGUGUGCAGCGAGCCGUUCGCCGACAUGUUCAACUUCUUCCAGCACAUGAACACGCACCGCGGCGGGGAGCACCUGCACGUCUGCCCCGUCUGCACGGUGGCCUUCAUCCAGGAGAGUGCGCUGCUGCUGCACAUGACCUCGCACAACCGCGAGAAGCCGUACGGCUGCAAGAUAUGCGGCGCCAUCUACGCGAGCGCGCUCGACCUUGCCGACCACGAGGCGACGCACUCGGGCCACGGUUCCUUCGUCAUGGAAGUGUUCCGACUGGCGUUCGACGAGAACGCGCGCGGGCCGGUGAAGCGAGCGCAGCUCGAGAGGGUUGACCACAGGUACAUGUGUGACAUCUGCUUCGUGUCGUUCGAGAGCCCCAAGGCGAUCGCGAAUCACGUGGUCUCGCACGAGAACGACUCGUUCAAGAGGAAGGUUCUGCCGAGCCACCCGCGCACGCAACGCCUGCCCAGCGUGCUGAAGCCGGUCGCUCCCAAGCCGACAUCUCUCCGCUACAAGUGUUCCUGCUGCGAUCUGAUUUACAACGAUCGAAAUCAGAUGCUCAAUCACACCUGCAUGAAGAGAUACAAGACUCUGCUGCGGGUUGCCGACCAAGACAACAUCAGGAAGAAGAAAUCGGUGUCCUCGACGAAUCUUCCCGAACCCCUGCGACCGUACAAAUGUGAUCUUUGCCCGGCCGCCUUCACAACGUCGGGUAGCCUGACGACGCACACGCGAACACACACGGGCGAGCGACCCUUCACCUGUGCGCUCUGCAAGAGUUCGUUCAUCGACCGCAGCACGCUGACUAAGCACACGCGCGUGCAUACGGGCGAGCGGCCGUACAAGUGCGACGUGUGUGACGCCGCCUUCACACAGUCUGGAAACCUUCUCCGACACAUACGCCUGCUGCAUCUAGAGAAGAAAGGCAGGGCAGGUUUGACAUGAUUGUCAUUGUAACUGCCUGCACACUCCCAGCUGCUCUACCUAGAGUAAGGGUUCUUAACCUGUGCUCCAUGCACCCCAUUGGGGUUCGUGGAUGGGCUUCAGUGGGUCCAUGAACCAGGCACAUGAAAAUAUUGUGUUCAUGUUCUUAUGUGCAUUUUUCUGGGGAGGGGUCCGUAGCUUUCACCUGAUUCUCAAAGGGGUCCAUGACUCAAAAAAGGUUAAGAACCACUGACCUACAGAGAAGCAGGGCAAUUUCAUUCCCUGCCAUCCAGUUGAGGACUGAUAAUUAUAGUAUUGCUCAGGAUAUUUUAAGCCGGUACAUUUUUUUAAUCACGGGGUGAAGAAUGUGAUUUUAGGCAGAAACUGUUAACGAUGUCUUCCCCUGUAACACAUAAUUGCGUACAACUGUGGAACAAAUCACAGUAAAUUCUCCAUGUGAAUAAGAUGUUGAACCAAGAAUGCGUAACACCACAUUAUGAAGUUGGAAUGAUGAUUUGUUCCUGGAAUUCACGUUUUGGGAAAAUUGUUUUUUAAAGUAGGGAACGCAUCUGUAUGUGAUACUAGCUCACAAUAUGCUAAGUAUAUAUAUA